UGCUGGGGCAGCUGAACAGGACAGAAGCCACCCGGACCGCUCUCUCUCCUGUGGACUCUCACGAGAAUCUGCAGCCAUGAAGAAAUCCACCAGCAAAUCCAAAGAAUGCACCUUCAAUGCAGAGGACGGCUACGUGCGGAUGUUCCUGCGCGGGCGGCCGGUGACCAUGCACGUCCCUGACCAGCAGAGGGACGGCUACAGCCUGGACCAGAAGGCGGCUCUGCCCGAGCACAAGCUCAAGCUGCAGUGGGUCUACGGCUACCGCGGCCGGGACUGCCGCUCCAACCUGUACCUGCUGCCCACCGGGGAGAUCGUGUACUUCAACGCCUCGGUGGUGGUGCUGUACAACACCGAGGAGCAGCAGCAGAGACACUACCUGGGCCACAACGACGACGUCAAAUGCCUGAGUGUGCAUCCGGACAUGGUUACCAUAGCAACGGGGCAAGUGGCUGGAAACUCUAAAGACGGGAAGCUGCUGGCCCCCCACGUGCGCGUCUGGGACUCGGUGAGCCUGAACACGCUGCACGUGCUGGGCAUGGGGGUGUUCGACCGAGCCGUGACCUGCCUCUCCUUCUCCAAGUCGAAUGGCGGGACCUUCCUCUGCGCAGUGGACGAUGCCAAUGACCACAUCCUGUCCGUCUGGAACUGGCAGAAGGAGAAGCAGCUGGCCGAGGUCAAGUGCUCCAACGACUCCGUGCUGGCCGCCGUGUUCCACCCCAUGGACACCAACCUGAUCGUCACCUGCGGGAAGUCCCACCUCAACUUCUGGACCAUCGAAGGCAACACCCUCACCAAGAGACAGGGCCUGUUCGAGAAACACGAGAAGCCAAAGUACGUGCUGUGCGUGGCGUUCGCCGAGAACGGAGACGCCAUCACCGGAGACUCCGGGGGAAACAUCUACGUCUGGGCCAAAGGUGGGACCCGCAUCAGCCAGGUGGUCUCGGGGGCCCACGAGGGGGGGAUCUUCUCCGUGUGCGUGCUGAAGGACGGCACCAUGGUGUCCGGGGGGGGCAAGGACCGAAAGGUGGUGCUGUGGGACCACAACUACAGGAAGCAGGCCGAGAUGGAGGUGUCCGACCCGCUGGGCCCCGUCCGUGCGCUGGCCGAAGGGAAACCGGGGGAGCUCUUCAUCGGAACCACCAGGAACGCCAUCAUCAGGGCCGCCUUCCCGGACACCAUGACCCCCAUCGUCCAGGGCCACACGGACGAGCUGUGGGGUCUGGACGUCCACCCCUCCAUGGAGCAGUUUGUGACCUGUUCCCAGGACAAGCAGGUCCACCUCUGGGACACCAACUCCCAUCAGCCCCUCUGGAGCAAGACCAUCGAGGAUGCCGGGAGGUCUGCCGGUUUCCAUCCCAGCGGGGCGGUUGUGGCUGUGGGCACCAUGACUGGAAGAUGGUUGGUGCUGGACACCGACACUCGGGAUCUGGUCUCUGUGCACACGGAUGGCAACGAGAUCAUCUCCAACGUUAAGUACUCCCCAGACGGGAACUUCCUGGCAGUCGCGUCCCACGACAACUUUGUUUACAUCUACGCCGUGACAGAGAACGGCCGGAACUUCGUGACCCAUGUGGACUGGUCCAAAGACAGUCAAUACCUUGUCACCAACUCAGGAGACUACGAGAUCCUCUUCUGGGAGGCAUCCAGUGGGAAACAUGUGACGAACAUGGACACAAUGCGCAACAUGGAAUGGGCCACUUCCACCUGCACUCUGGGCUUCAACACCUUUGGGAUUUGGCCAGAUGGCGCCGACGGCACCGACAUCAACGGCGUGUGCAGGUCACAUGACGGAUCCCUGCUGGCCUCCGCUGAUGACUUUGGCAAAGCUCCCAGUCACGAGUACAGUGGCCACAGCAGUCAUGUGACCAGCGUUGCCUUCCUGCACGACGACAGUCACCUGAUCUCCACCGGCGGGAAAGACACCAGCAUCCUGCAGUGGGUGGUCGCCUAGGCAACGCGUCAGGGGCCUCCGGACGCCUUUUGGCCCCUGCCUCCUCUCUUUACCACACCACCCCCCCCCCCCCCCCUUCACGCCAGGUGUCGGUGCCCCUCUGUGCCUCAUGGAAAUGUAAAAAAAGAAAUAAAAAAAUAAGCAGCACGCGUUCCUUGACCAAACCCGCUGAUGUCUCACUGAGUUAGACGUAGAAAAGUCCUGCUGUUUAUGGUGGAUUGUAGAGAAAAGGACCAGUGGAAGAGCCACAGCUUUGGUCUUUCUGGGCUACAGAUAGUGUUAGCAUUAGUGCUAACUGUGCCUAAACUCUACUCGAUCCGACCCCCAUCGGGUUUCACGGACACAUUUUGCUUGUGAGUUUAAGCCACUUGAUUGCAAAGCAUGUCUGCUUUUGAAUGCAUGUCACACUCUCGUUUUAAUAUCUAAUGAGGUGUUAAUCAGCUAUUGGUUCCGUUUUAUUUCGCAAAGUGUCACACGGAGUGCUGACAAAAAUCAGGAAAAAAACCUUAAAUGCUAACAGAACUGCUGCUAACUUUGCAAGCAGUGGCAUUAUGAUUAGAAAUAUUCAUGAUUUUGGACCGUUAGGGUUAAAACUUGGCCCUAAUUUCACCAAAAAAGGUCAUUUUACACUCCUGUGAAUGAAAGAAAUCAUGCAAAACUUUGAUCUUGUCACAAACUUGCAGGGAUUUUGUUCAAACAGAAUUUAGCUGACCCGUUUGAUUAGUUUAAAUCCUAAAAAUAGACGGUUUUCCCCUUUAAAAGUCAAAUUUCAACCCCUUGCCUUCUUAUCUUUCACUUUUCAGUCCUUCAGCCUUAUUCCAAACUCUUAAAGUGCAGAUUUCAAGUGUUGCUUUUGGAGAAAGAGGGGCACGGGGAUUCUGACGGGUUUGGCUUUG